AUGCGCAUUUUCCCACUCUCCUUGUGGCUCGUCGGUUUGUUGUUGGGUUCUAUCGCAACCAAUGCGUUAUCCCUUUACUCAACGAUGUUUGACGACGAUGACGGUGACCUUUGUCCAGCGGAAAUCUGCGACGAGCAAUUAAUGAACCCGGCUGCAAUCCGCCACUACUCCUCUGAAGCUAAAAGGCCCACUCGCACCACACGACGAUUGACAAACGCAAUGCGGCUCGCCCUCGGACUUCCCCUCAACCCUCCAAAAUCGCGUCGCGCCGAUGCUCGGCCGCAGGUAUCCCCCGUGCCGCAAACCACCUACGAAGGUCUCAUCGAAGUCAGAAAUUUGACGGAUUCAAGUUCUCUAGGUUACAUAUCCUUUCGACAAAGAGCCAGCGGCGUAUUCAGGAUUAGGCCAGAGGUUGAGCAUGCCCUGAUUGUAACUUUCUCUUUGGAUGUUGGUGCAACUUUUGGUUCUGGAAUCGGGUUCGAAAUGAAUAAUGCAGAUGGCCCAUUAUUGGGCCUGGUUCAAGGGCGAGAGAACAACGGUUCUGAUCUUAGUUCCGGCAGCGCUAACUACUUGUAUUUUAAUGGAAUCGGUCUUCCAGGAUCUCCUCCUGGGAGUGUUCCCACAGAAUUGCCCAAUACAUUCACGUUAAGGACAGGGGAACCCAGGACGGCAGAGUCUAGUGUGUGGACCGUUGACCUUGUCACGGGUCAGCUUUCUGUUGUUUGGACUAAUUCAGAUGGAAAACCGGCCACCCCAAUUCACACUUGGGUGCAAUUUAACUUCCUGUACGCAGGAGGCAACCCCGACCUUUACCAAGAUUUGUUUCCCAUAUAUCCUUUGUCGUUAAUCUCUCUUCACUUCGUUCCUCAAACACCCUCAUAG